AUGUUGAAAAGAACUCACGAAAACGAAUACGAUCCAUCUACCAAGAAAAUCAAGCACAAAAAAGGAGUUUGUUUUGCAUCAAAAAAAUUAUUAGAAGAUAAAACUUUUAUAUUGGAAGCGCUCAAAUAUGACCCAGACACUCUCAAGAUUGUUGAAAAAGACAUCGUUGAUUCAGAAAUUCUUCGACAAGCAGCUCAAUAUCCUUUCAAUAUCUCAAUUGAAGCAUUUCCUGCAUUUGAUGAACUGACGAAUGACAAGAAAUUUAUAUUGACGAUCGUAAAGAGAGCCGGAUAUGUAUUAAAGUAUGCUUCUUUGGAGGUGCGAAAUGAUAGAGAUCGAGAAAUUGUUCAAGAAGCUCUUAAACAAAAUGCUAUAGCAUUUUCUUUGGCGUCUACAUCAUUGAAAAAAGAUAGAGAGCUGGUUUUAGAGGCUGUUAAAUAUAACACUUCUGUAUUUAAGUACACUUCUCCAGAAUUGAAAAAUGAUAAGGAGUUUGUGUUGAAAAUCGUUCAUCAAAACGGUGAAACAUUGCAAUUCGCUUCACAACAGUUGAGAGAAGAUCCAGAGAUUUUGUUAAAAGCUGUCGAGCAAAACGCCUCUAUAAUAGGUAUCUCUCCAGCCGCUGAAUUUGAUCGAAUGCAAUUACUCAACUUGUAUGUUGGAUACGAUGCUAGUGAUGGAAUACCUGAAAGGCUCAAAAAAGACUACAAGUUUUUAUUAGAGUUAUCGAAAUAUAACGGCUACGCUUUGAAAUUUUUGCCACAAGAAUUCAAAAACAAUCGACCAUUUGUUCUGGAAUUAAUUCAAAGAGACGGCUGUGCCUUGCAAUAUGCUUCAGAAGCACUAAGAAAUGAUAGAGAUCUUGUAUUAGAAGCAGUUAGAAAUGAUGGUGAAGCAUUGAUUAAUGUUGAAAAUAUGUUCAAGAAUGAUCGAGAAAUUGUAUUAAUAGCCAUCAAACAACAAGGUGAAUUAUUGCAUUAUGCAUCAUCCGAACUACAAGCUGACAGAGAAAUAGCUUUGGAAGCUGUUAAGAAUAACCCUGAAGCCAUUCGCUUUGUUUCUAUUGAUGCUGAUUUUUUCAAAGAGAUUGCAUUACAAGUCGUUACAAAAUAUCCAUAUUGUAUACAACACAUUCCUGAACAACUCACAAGAGAUAGGCAAUUCAUAUGGGAAGCUCUUAAUCGCAACAUUGAAGUAUUUGAUUUCAUAGAGAGCUACUCAGUAUUCAAAGACACUGAAUUUUUCUUUCGAGUAUUGGAUUUAGAAGUUGGGGUCAUGGGUGCCCUGAAUCAAGACCGAUUAAUCGAUAAGGAAUUUAUUUUGAAAUGUGUCAAGAAAAAUGGUUAUGCAUUGAGCUAUGCUGGUUUAUUAUUGCAAUUUGAUAAUGAUCUUAUAAUGGAGGCAAUGAAACAAAACGGUUAUGUCGAUUUUUACGACGAUGAAUGGUACAAGAAGCGAAUGGAAUAUUGUUACAAUGGCUGCUUUAUUCCAUAA